UCUCGGCCCUUAAAACCAGCCGCAGCCGGCGUCCCCUCACUUCACCCGGAUCAUCUCUGUUCGGUUCUUGGGAGUUUUUUCUGGAAGUUUUGUGUCCAACAUGGCGCAGAUCAACACCUGCCUGAAGCACACCUUCACCAUCUUCAACAUCCUCUUUGCGAUUGUGGGCGGAGUCAUCAUCGGUCUCGCUCUGCUGUGUCAGGUCGUCACCAAUGUGGAAGGACGAGAAGACCUGGAGGGUCGUACCGGCGGCCUGGUCGCCCUCUAUGUGUUCGGAGCCAUCACCAUGAUGGUCGCCAUCCUGGGCGCCUACGGAGCUCACAAGGAGAGCAAAUGCUCGCUCAUCGCGUUCCUGGUCUGUAUGAUCAUCGGAACCCUGCUGAUGCUCCGAGCUGGAAUCCCGACCGCCAUCGCUCGUCCUCAGGUUGAGAACAUUUUGAGGGCAAAGUUGCAAGAUUAUCUGCCUCUGGAUGAUGCUCCGUCUGAUUUGCAGAACAUGGCCAACUCCCUGCAGACGUCGUUUCACUGCUGCGGUCUGUUCAGCUACACGGACUGGAGGAAGAACAUCCCACAAUCCUGUUCCUGCGACCCGGAGAUGGAGGAAGGCCAGUGUCAGAACAUCGAGUACAGGGACUUGCUUUUUCAGUUCGCUCAGACCAAGUCCAUCUACGCCAAGCCCUGCUUCCCCAUCAUGAUGCAUUACAUCCUGCUGUUCUUCGACGUCCUGCUCGGCGUCGUCUUCACUCUGGCUAUUCUGGCUCUGCUGGGUCUGGUCCUGUCCUCCAUCAUGAUCCAUCAGCUCCGUUAUCCGAACCGGCCCACCGUCCUGCUGUCGGUUCCGACCAUCUUCGCCCCGGCGCCGCCCAAAUACCAGGAGCUGCACAACCCCCCGCCCUACUGAGGCGCCCCCUGCUGGCGGAAAGUUCGGGUUCCUGUUGUUUUUUUUCUUGAUUAUUUCUGUUUGUUGAACUGUGUCCAAAGUGCCUGAAGUUUCAAUGUUUGUUUUCCUGCGGUCUGAAGUUUGAAAUGCACCUUUUCUUAGUUUCCUCUCUAACGUCACAGAAUAACUGUAAACGAAUCUCAUGUCUCCAGAAGAAGAUUUGUACCAAAAGACGGAAAAAUGUGAGAAAAUUAAUUUUUGUACGACAUUAAAAGUCUCUAUUUUGAGUUUAAGGUCCAACAUUUGACUCUUUAUUUUCCUAUUUUGAGCCAGAAACCCUCAAAUUUUGACUCACGUUUGACAGAUUUUUGUCACAUUUGAUGAAUUUUGAGUGUUUUGGACAAAAUUUUACUCAUUUUUGACCCUUUUUUUUUUUUUUUUUUUUUUUUUUGUAAGAUUAUGCACCUUUUGGGUAAUUUUGGACAGUUUGUGUUUCGGCCAAACUGUCAUUUUAAACAAAAUUUUUGACUUUUUUUUUUUUUUUGUCACAUUUGACAAAAUUGUCUCAAAUCGAGUAAUUUCAGACAAAAUUUAAGUCUUUUUCAGAUUCUUCUCACAUUGGAGACAUUUUCAGUCGUUUGGGGCAAACUUUGACAAUAUUUGAGCCUUUUUAACAGAUUUUGGCCUCAUUGCACAACCUUUUACUAAUUUUUGACAGAUUUUGUCACAUUUUUUAGUCUUUUUUUGCACUUUUAUUUUAAUCAGUUUGGACACAUCUGAAUACAAUGCCUGCGAAAAUUUGAAUGUUUCUUAAAGGUACCAAGAUUGAUCAUUUUUCUGUAACUUUUUGUUUGAAAAGUCAAAUUUAAGGGGAGAAAUGGUUUUAAAAUGAGUCCAAGUGAUGGUUAAAGUGUAGAUUUUGAGACGAACCUUGAAAUUCGGCUCUAAAGUUCUCUAGAAAAACAUCUUUAAACAAUAAAAAUGAAUAUUUUCUAAGACAUUUGCCUCAAAACUUCUCUUCUGGACACAUUUGAGCUGCAGAAAACCAUCUACAAACUUCUAAACUUAACAUUAGUAACAAUAUUUUUGAGAAAAGGCGUGAAACUGUUGCAAAAAUCCAAAAGAAAAACAUGUAAUGUGAUUGUGAAAAGUGAAAUAAGUGCCAAGAAUGUUUUCUGAAGCACUAAAAUCCACCUCUGGAGCAAAAAUGUCAAAAACUGACGUAAAUCCAGCCGUGGUUCAUUUCUGAAGUCGUCUUUGUUUUUAAAACGUUACAAAUAUGCUACUACUGUUUUUUUGUUUGUUUUUUUUGGUGUUUUUAUUUUCUUUCUUUGUUAUUAACAGCUGUAGUGCUCUUAUUUUGAAAAGGGAAGUGUGAUCGAAGGUCAGUUAAAUGGGUGAAGAGUCAUUUCAAAAUAAGUCUAUUACUACUUCUGAGAAAAACUAAGUUUGAGGGCAGAAAUCCACUUUUUGUGCUUUAUUUAGUUUGUAGGUAAGAAAACGAAAAUACUCCUUAUAUUUUACAAAUUUUUCUGUUUAAAUUGUCUGACGGAUCAACGACUAGCAGGAAUAAAAGACAAUAAAAGGAAA